CAGUACCGGAGGUGGCUGGGUGGGACCAAGGCCUACGGCCAUAAUAACGAGAAGACGGUUCAAUUUUGUGCCGAAAUAAUUAAACAUUCGAGCUAACAUUUUCGGAGAGUUUACAGCUGUUCAACUGCUUUGGCUUUCUAGUUUUAUUUUUUUUAUUUUUACAGAUUCCUUUGAUUAUAGAUUUUACGUUCGUGUUUUUAGGAAAUAUUUACAUAGCCAUUCGGAAAGUCUGACUAGCUAGUUAGCUAGCAAAACAACGGAGGAGCGCUCAGGCUAGGAUGUUAGUUGGCUAGAUAGAUUUUUUUGAGCUUGGGUUUUCAGUUUAUACGUUUUUGUGUUUUGUGUUCGCUGUCCUAUAUAAAAGCUGAAAACUCAUUUCGAUCUUUGUGGCUUUUUCCUUUUCUUUUUUCUUUUUUUGUUUAUAUUGAGCAGUCUGGCUUACGUAACUAGCGCUGCCUAAGGAACGUUACGGAAACGUACCCAGUAAAUCGCAGUGUUAUUGAGAAGAUGAGAGGAAGCUCCUCGUAUGGGGAUAGGGACAGAGACCGUGGACGGGACAGAGGGCCCCGUUUUGGGUCCAGCCGUGGAGGUCCUCCCCCUCCGAAGAAGUUUGGGAAUCCUGGGGACCGGCUGAGGAAGAAGAAAUGGGACCUUGAUGAGUUGCCCAAGUUUGAGAAAAACUUCUACAGUGAGCAUCUGGAAGUCCAGCGCCUGACUCAGUACGAUAUAGAGGAUUUCCGCAGGAAAAAGGAAAUCACCGUUCGAGGCUCUGGCUGCCCCAAGCCAGUGACCAACUUCCACCAGGCCCAGUUUCCUCAGUAUGUGAUAGAUGUGCUAGUGCAGCAGAAUUUUAAGGAGCCCACAGCCAUCCAGGCGCAGGGCUUCCCCUUGGCGCUCAGCGGCAGGGACAUGGUGGGCAUUGCCCAGACCGGCUCCGGCAAGACCUUGGCCUAUCUCCUUCCUGCCAUUGUGCACAUCAACCACCAGCCAUACCUGGAGAGAGGAGAUGGACCAAUUUGUCUGGUUCUGGCUCCCACACGGGAGCUGGCCCAGCAGGUGCAGCAGGUGGCGUAUGACUAUGGCAAGUCCUCCCGGAUCAAGAGCACCUGUGUGUAUGGUGGAGCCCCGAAGGGCCCUCAGAUCAGAGACCUAGAGAGAGGUGUCGAGAUCUGCAUCGCCACUCCUGGCCGUCUGAUCGACUUCCUGGAGGCGGGAAAGACCAACCUGCGUCGCUGCACCUACCUGGUGCUGGACGAGGCUGACCGCAUGCUGGACAUGGGCUUCGAGCCACAGAUCCGCAAGAUCGUAGACCAGAUCCGGCCGGACAGGCAGACGCUGAUGUGGAGUGCCACCUGGCCCAAAGAGGUCCGUCAGCUGGCUGAGGACUUCCUCCGUGAUUACGUUCAGAUCAACAUCGGGGCCCUGGAGCUCAGUGCCAACCACAACAUCCUGCAGAUCGUGGACGUUUGCAUGGAGAACGAGAAGGAUAACAAGCUGAUUCAGCUCAUGGAGGAGAUCAUGGCAGAGAAGGAAAACAAGACCAUCAUCUUCGUGGAGACGAAGAAACGCUGCGACGAGCUGACCCGCAGAAUGAGGAGAGACGGAUGGCCGGCAAUGUGCAUCCAUGGAGACAAAAGUCAGCCCGAAAGAGACUGGGUCCUCUCAGAGUUCCGCAGCGGUAAAGCACCCAUCCUGAUCGCCACUGACGUCGCCUCUCGUGGGCUGGACGUGGAAGACGUGAAGUUCGUCAUUAACUAUGACUACCCGAACUCUUCGGAGGACUACGUGCACCGUAUUGGGCGCACCGCCCGCAGCACCAACAAAGGCACGGCCUACACCUUCUUCACACCGGGGAACCUGCGCCAGGCCCGUGACCUGGUGCGUGUGUUGGAGGAGGCCCGGCAGGCCAUCAACCCCAAGCUUCUGCAGCUGGUGGACUCCGGACGCGGGGGAGGAGGGGGUGGAAGGAUGCGUUACCGUGGCACUGGUUCCAACUCCAACAAUCCCAACCUGAUGUACCAAGAUGAGUGCGACCGGCGAAUGCGCACCGUGGGUGGGGGCGGAGGUGGCACCGGCGCAGGGGCUGGGGCCAGCGGUGCAGCUGGUGGGGGCAACAAGGACAACCGCAGCAGUUACAACCGCGAUGGGAGAUCGGGCGGGGCCAGUCGCGACGACCGCUCUUCUUCCUCUUCUUCCUAUAGGGACCGCAGCAGGGAUGGACGAAACAACUACAACUCUGGCUCCUCAUACAGCGGGGGAGGGGGUGACCAGUACCAGAACUACAGUGGCAGCGGAGGGGGCAGCCAAUACAACUCCAGGGCAGCCACUUCCCAAGCAGGCGCGAACAGCAGUGGCGGUGGUGGCGCUGGUGGGGGCCAGAACCCACCUGGGCCCCCUCAGGGCCCGUUUGGACAGCCCCCACCUCCUCCACCCCAGCCUGGGGCUGGACCCCAGCCCCUGAUGGCCCAGCAGUUUCCUCCACCUCCCCAGCCCAUGAUGGGGUUCAUGGGCCCAGGGCCAUAUUCAUUUGCUCCCCCUCCACCACCUCCCCCUCCGCAACAGAGAAAGUAAAGUUGAAGGGAUCGUCCCACUGUGUUGUCUGUCUAGUGGUAGUUAACUGGCUCUCCCUGCUGCCACCGAUGGAGGGCUGCCUUUCCCCAUGGACCUUCCCUUUGCUUCCAACGUGAUGGAGGCAUUUGGCUUGACGUUUUGUGCAGGCCUGCCGUCCAGGGAGCGUGGGGGUAAGGGUUACGCCUAGCGCAAUCUUUAGUGAUGGCAUAGUACAUUGUUCUUGUAUCCACCAAAACUGAAUCUUGUUCUGAGCUUCUUUUUUACCUCUGUGUUUGCUGAAAGUUCUUUAUGCAAGACUCCUACUUUUGUGCACGCGUUUUGAUUAAUCGUAGACUGAAGGCUUUUUUACUCUUGGUUAAGAAUCGAAGUCAAAUAGAGGAGUCUCCUGAAUUGAAUUGCCAGAGUUCCUAGUUACUUGUGAAUGUUGCUUUUCUUUUCAUUCUUCCUUUGGAUAACUACUUUUUUUUUCUUACUUUAUAUCAGUGCACUGUGUGUAGUCCCAUUGCUGACUUGCUCUCUUUAGGCAUGCUUUUUUUUAUUGGCCUAAUAGACACAUGUAUAUCGAUGGCCCCUUUUUGUGUUCGUAUAUAGGUGAAGGAGCCAGCUUGGGAGGUGUGGUAGUUUAAAAAAAUAAAAAAUAAAUUUGUAAUAAAGGUUUAACAGUAGUGAUAGAGGUUUUGUUUUGUUUUUUUAAACAAAAAAGGUUUUUGUUUUUUUGUACUGCAUACUUAAUUAAAACAAAUCAAUUUUAAACCCCCAGGAAAAAGAAUAACUUUAUUUCCCUUAAAUACAUAUUUGCACUACAUUCUCAGUUCUCCUCCAUCCUCAUUCUUUGUUCUGUAUUUUUUUUUUUUUUUCCCUUUUUUUUUUUGGCAAAUUUACAUAAUUGGAAUACAGAGACUAUUUACAGUCACCAGGAAGAAAAUGGUGUUGGGAAGGGCUUCAGGGCUGGAUGCAUGGCUUGGAAUGUGACUGUAGCUGCAAAUGACAUGUACCUUGCAGCUUAAGUUUGCAUUCCACAGCCACAUAGACACCAAAGUAACCUCAGUUCUAAAACUACUGACCAAAUCUAGACUGUACAGAGUUCUAGAUUUCUCUCCCCCCCCCACCAUUGUGGACACAGCUGUUCAGUCCCCAUUUAUUUUAACUUCUUAGAUAUAACUGAUUCUAGUACAGUGUCCAUAUCACCCAAGGUGCUGUGUUUUACUUGAGCAAAAGUUUUAAAUCUUUUUGAAAAUCUUUUAGAUGUUUUCCAGGGAACAAAAUAAAUAAAUGCUUGAGGAGCCGCUGUCACAGCAAAGAACAUCAAUGACACUCUACUUCUUAUUUCCGGAACACACAGAAGGUUCCCAAAAAAGGAAAGGAAGAACUAAAGGUUUUUAAACCCAACAUUUUAAGACCUGCCAACAAAUUCCUAAACCAAAACAAACACAGACAGAAAUGUAAAUAUGUAUAUACAUGUCAGCAAUAAAAAAAAAAAAAAAAAAAAA